ACAUAACCUAACAUGUAUUUAUUUUUUUUUAAUUAGCAGAAAAGGUAAGGAGAAUAUAAAUAAUGUCAAGGUGGUUGCAAGGAAUGUUAUGGUUAAUUUGGGGAAGACAUUCUAUAAGAUUGGGACCAUUUUAUGCAGCAUUAUUACACAGGCAAAAUUAGUAUAAGGAAUAAUAUCUUAUAAAGAACAAUUAGAUAAUUAAGCAGAGAGUGGAGGAGAUUAAGCUAAAGUAAUAACAUACCAUGUAAAUAAAUGAAGCUGGGAAAAAGGCGCAAGGAAGAAAAAAUUGAAUACUUUGAAGCCAGGAGAGAUGGCUUCAACUAGCUGAAAUUAGGGUUAUAAGUAGGGCUUUUAAGCAUCACAAUAAUAAACGUUUAAAUUCAAUACUAAAAAUUUGCUGCUUUGGUUGGAUUAAAUUGAGGGGUUGCAAUAUACAGGGUGAAUCACAGGAAGCGGAUAUUUUUGGGAGUCGAGAACAUCGCGUGAUUGUUUAUGGAUUUUUAUUAAAAAGGAAACUACCCGAUCCUGCCAGAACAGUGAAUAUGGAUCGAAUAACUGCUAGGCGACCCUUUGCAGAAUUUUAUACAAGGACUUGGCAAUCCGACGAUUGAAGGAGAAUGAUAACCAAUUUAUAAAAAAAGCGAUGAAUUCCAUUAUUGGACUUCAAUCUCAUCAUAAAACAACACUAUUAGUGAACCAAUGUUGCACAUUAAUCCAACCAGACAACGAAAGUUUAGUCUCUAAAUGUUGCAAGUUGAUUCAAAACUUCAUCAAAAAGCACGACGUAAUUAUUGAGGGAAAAACUUGUUCAAUACUAAUUUCUUGGUGUUUAGAGGCGUUGCGGCAAAAUAAAAAAGAUUGUGUUAUUAUUGAUGUAUUAAUUACUUUGGAGAUGGUUUUAAAAGCUAACGGUGACAACGUCCAUGAUUAUACUCAAGAUAUCAUCAAUAAAAACAGCGUUAUAAUGAAAUUAACGGAAAAUAAAAACAAUCCUCAACGAUUAAUAUUAGCUGUGGAAUGUUUAGAAGCAUCAACGGCUUAUUCGAAAGAUAUGAAACGAAUAAAGAGGGGAUUCGAAUCAUGUUUGACCAUUUUUAAUAAUUAUUUAGCGAAUAACAUUGAAUUUGAUGAACCGUAUCGAAGCAAAUUAUUAAUAUCUUGUUUAGGUGGGCUACAAAAUAUUAUAAAUCACGAUGUAAAUUAUUUAAAAAGCGAAAUCGGCUCUAUUUUGGGUAUAGUCCGUAGUUAUAUGCUUUACGGUGUGAAAGACGUCCAAUUUAUCGCGCCACAAAAAUUACUUCCUUCCGUUUCAAGUAUUCCAGACCCCGCCGGAUUAAUUGAACGAAGAGGCGGUCAUCUAGCAAAACAAAGAAAACAUAAAAACACCGUUUGGAAAAAGGGGCAACAAAAUAAAAGCGAUAUUGAUUUAAACGAUAAAAGUAAUCCUUCAAAUUUUAUGCUAAACGAAAAGCAGGAAACCAGAAAUAAAUUUACGAGUGAUUCGGAAAUGUCGGAAGUUGAAUCUAACGUUUCGUCUAAAUUGGUGCAAUUCCAAACUAAAGUUAGGUUAAGAUCUUUAAACAUUUUUUAUGAUACAAUAUUAUCGAUAGAUCGUCGAACGUUAUUUUUAUACUCCGUGAAUUUUAUUCCUGAUGGUUGGCCGGCUGGAACUCACAGCUUAACAUCGAUAAUUCUAAGAGAUCCAUCGAGAACUUGUCGCACGGCUGCUUUACACGUUUUACAAGCGAUGCUAGUUGAGUUAAAAACGUUUUUGCUCCAAGCAGAACGCAACGAUAAAAACACCCCAUUUACAACAUAUUCGGUUACUUUAGGCUCAAUCGUAGUCGAAUUACAUCGAACACUUCGAUUAGCUUUAAAUGAUGUCUCAGCCAAUGUGCAACGGCAAGUUUUGAAGUGUUUUGCCGCUUUGGUCCAAGCUACACCUUAUCAUCGAUUACGACCCGGACUUUUAACUAGAAAUGUGCGUAGUUUAAAACGAUUCCUUACUUGUAAAGAUCCCCCGAUAAAAACGUUAACUUUAAUAGUAUUUGGUUGUAUGAUAUCAUCGUAUCCAGUACUUUCUGAAGCAAUAAACGUUUUUUCAAAGAAUAGUAUUGUUGCGGAUUCAUACACGGAUAAUUCCGAGUCUUCAAUUCAAUCUUCCUCGACAUUUCAAGAUGUCGAAAUAGAUUAUGCUGGGUUUUCUUCCGAUGAAGAUGAAACGAAUGAAGAAGAAGUAAAAAAUGUCGGAUUAAGAAUACCGUGGUUGGUCCAAUAUUGUUUGGGUAAUUUGGGAGUAAUCGUUGAUGAAAAUGGGGAAUGUGUUGAAGAACAAAGUGGGGUGAUCGUAACGGAGAAGGUUGAGUCGUUAAAAAUAUUCACGGUGAUGUCAAAUAAUUAUUUUACGACUUUUAUAACUCCUUAUCUCAAUUAUAUCUUGAAAGCUUUAGAAUUAUCGUUAGAAAGUAAAAUAACUGAUGUUAUUUUGCACGCUGGGAGGGCGAUUCAUUUUAUUGGUUACGGAAUUAGCGAAUAUUUAGCAAAUAACGCCAAUAAAACUCACAUAACAAUCGAGCAAGGCUUAUUUUUUUGGAACUCUUUAUUAUCCGGCCCAUUUUCGCAUCUAAUCGAGUUCGAAAGUGAAUCUCACCGAGCCGUGGCUUGCCAAUGUUUAGAAAACAUCGGCAAACACAUUUUCGAAUGUUUAUCGAAAACCAAACAAAUGCUGAUUAUGAUGACAUUGUUAGCAUCAAGCAAAGAAACGGGAAUUUACAUAACCACAACCGCUUUACGAGCUUUAAGCGUUUGCAUUUCUUACCCAUCUUUAAGAGGUGAUAUUGGGUUUUUAAUCGAUACGAUCGAAGUUGUUAUAAAAGCGACUGAAAAUGAGAACGUUGGGGUUCAUGUCAGUGCUUAUUGGGCGUUUGGAAAUGUUAGCGAUGCUUUAAUUGAAAAUGAAACCGAUCAGAUUUAUCAAAUCGAACCAUUACCGAAAUCAAUUUGGAUUAAAUUGUUUGAAUGCGGUAUUAAAGGCGCUUGUGGUCAUUAUAAAAAUAAAUCGUAUGCUGUGAGAGCGUUGGGGAAUUUUAUUUUUAUUCGAAACGAUAUGGAUGUAGAUGAGGAUUAUAAAGUUUUAGUGAAAAAAAGUAUUGAAUGUAUCGUUGAUUGUGCCAAAAAGGGCGAAAAUGCUAAAGUUAAAUGGAACGCUUGUUAUGGUUUAGGGAAAUUAGUUAAGAAUAAAACGCUUCAUUCCGAUAAUACAUGGCAAGAAAGUGUGUUUCAAGUCCUUUUAGAUUUAGUCGUUGAUUAUAAAAAUUUUAAAGUGCGGAUAAACGCGGCGUCUGCGUUAUCUAGCUUUACAACUCGUCAAAAUUACGGGGAUUUUUAUGGAAAAACUUGGAAAAAAUUGUUGGAGGCGCUAGAAAAUUCGGAAAGAAUGGACGAUUUUACUGAGUAUAAACACAGGGAUCAUUUGGUGGAUCAAAUUUGUUUAUCGAUAGGAAAUCUUUGUUCUAUGAUGGAAAAAACAGAUCUUCCCAUGUUAAUUGAUUGCAUUAAUUUUUAUGAGGACCUCUUAAGAAUUAACAUCCAAAAAGUUUAUUUGAGAUUAAUUCCAGAGAAGAGCCAACAACUUCUUUUAGCUGAAGAACAUCUCCGCAAACUUUCAACAUCCCCAACAUUAACCAAGGAUGAAAUUAAUGUUUUAGAAAGAUUGAUAAAAAUAAUUAAUAAUGAUGUAUUUAAAGAGUAACUAAUUUUUAUAUUAAAGUAAAUAUUUUGUACUGUUAAAGUAAGUACAGAAAAACCUCGUUA